AUGGAUCCCAGCCAGAUGAUGCCGCGGAGCUUCCCCAUGUGGCCGCCGCCGCCCCCGCCGGCCGCCUCCGACGCCAUGCCGCCGCCGCCGCUGCCCUUCCUCGCCCCGCCCCAGGCCAGCCGCGGCUGGAAGCGCAAGAACAACCCCAACAACAACAACAACCUCGCCGGCGGCGGCGCCUACCAGCCCCCCGCCAUCGGCGACCUGCAGGUGCAGAACCGCGCCAAGGCCCGCCGCUGGUUCAACAACCCCAACAACCCCGGCGGCGGCGGCAACAACAACCCCAACAACGCCGGCGGCGGCCGCAAGUACUUCUUCCCCAAGUCCAACAAGGCCGGCAACAACAAGGCCAAGGCGCCGCGCAACACCACCUCCUUCAUCAUCCGGGCCAAGCGGGCCGGGGGCAUCGCGUCGCUCGUCUCCCCCAGCCCCGUCACGCCCGCCGUGCUCCCCACCCCGCGCAUCUCCCCCUCCCGCGAGGGCCUCUCCGACAUGGCGCAGCAGCAGUGGGGCGUCGACGGCUACGGCUCCAUGAAGGGCCUCAUCCGCCUCCGCGCCUCCUCCCCCCGCCACCCCGGGGACGCCGAAGGCGACGACGAUGACUCCAGCAGCGGCAGCGACGUCGAGGAGCACGUCGAGGUCGAGCGCCGCCUCGACCACGACCUCAGCCGCUUCGAGAUGGUCUACCCCGGCGGGAUGGCCAACGGCGGCGCCUACGUCUUCGAGGACGACCAGGACGUGCACGUCGCCAGGCUCGAGGAGGAGAACCUCACCCUCAAGGAGAGGCUCUUCCUCAUGGAGCAGGAGGUCGGCGACAUGAGGCGCCGUCUCGAAGCCAUCGAGGCGCGCUUUGCUGGGGCUGACGGCGCUGCUGCUGCUGGCAGCGCGGACAAUGCUGCUCUUGUCCUCCAGAAGAAUGCUGGUGCUGAGAAUGCUGUUGUUGUCCUCCAGCAGAGGGCUAAUGCUGAUGCUGAGAAUGCUCUUGUGGAGAAUGGCGUUGAUGCCGCGGCUGUUGCUGCAGGCGACGCUGUAAUUGAGUCUCUGGAAAAUUCUAAUGCUAUUGCUGCUGGUGCUGAAAAUGCUAAUCUUCUUGAGAAAGAGAAGGUUGAUGCUGCCUCUGCUUCUGAUGACACUGUUGAGGAUGCUCUGAAGAAUGACACUGAGAUGGAUGUUGCUACCUCUGCUUCUGCUAAUGUAGUCGCUGAUGCUCUGAAGAAUGACACUGAGAUGGAUGUUGCUGCCUCUGCUUCUGCUAACGCAGUUGAGGAUGCUCUGAAGAAUGACACUGAGAUGGGUGAUGCCACAGCUGAUGCUGGCAACUUAGUUGAGGAUGCUAUGGUGAAUGUCGCGGCGGUUGCUGAUGUCGUCACUGGUGCUGAUAAUGCAGUCAAGGAGUCUGACAUUACCACGGGUGAUGUGGAGCAGGAGAAGAGCGUUGAGGACAUGGCCGGUGCAGGUUCAGAGAAGAAUGCAGAGAUGGCUGAUACUACUGGAAGUGGAGAGGAAGAGGGCAAGGAGCAGGCCUGA